CACUCUCAUCAUGGCUCCUGAACAGAAGAGAUGUGCUACCCACCGUCCCGCUCGAAUGCAGCGCUUUCUGGGUAUCCCGUGUCGGCGCUGGCCGCACAAUCGAGCUCAUCCUCAGCCCUUUCAGGAUGUUUGUGCUGGAGAAACCGAAUCAAAGGGCGGCGUGGAGGCCAAGAAGCAGAUCAUUAUGGAGGGAUAUUUGUUCAAGAGGGGCAGUAACGUCUUCAAAACAUGGAACAGGCGCUGGUUCCUGAUCCAAAACAACCAGCUCAUGUACCAGAAGAAGUCUGAGAACCCCACUGUGGUGAUGGAGGAUCUACGUCUGUGCACGGCUGAACACUAUAAGAGCAUCGGACGCCGUUUCUGCUUUAAGGUGGUUUCACCUACAAAGAAAUGUGUAUUACAGGCUGAUUCAGAGGAGAGAAGAGAGGAGCCGGACAGGAAGCUGUCGUCAUCAUCAUCGUCCGGUGAAACUCUGAAGUCGAUUUCCAUCACAUCCCAGUUAAACAAGGUGGUGGAUUUAAAAGCAAAGCAGGAAGGAUUCAGUAGCUCUGAAUCUCGAGGAUCUAAACACGCCGAGAGAGACUCGCUACGUCUAAAAUCAGUCUUUGGAUCCUCAGCUGAGAUGAGUCCUGGCGAGAUUGUACUCGAAUCUGCUGCAAAGUAUGAUUCCUUCUCCAAUGCGUCUCUACUGCACAGUGCUGGUGAUAAGAGCAAGACUUCAGUCCAGAGGAGCAGCUCUCCUUCUAAAGUUCUGACCAGAUUCACAGCUUUUAUAGAACGAAUCUUCUCUACUGUUGGUGAGGUUGUACUCGAACCUGCUGCCGAGUACGAUUCCUUCUCCGAUGCGUCUCUACUGCACAGUGUCGAGAUUGCCGGAGCUAGGGUCCGACGGACGCCACAUAUCAGAGAAAGCCUGGAGCAGGAACUGAGCACGUUCUCCAGCUACUUCAUCCACACAGAGGACUUUGAUAGACGGUACCGAGUGGGAAAGCUCCUGGGGAAAGGCGGCUGUGGUUCGGUUUUCGCAGGACUCCGGAAGAUUGAUGGACAAGAGCCUGGAGAGAAGAACAGCCUCCCAAAAGAGGUGGCGUUAAUGCUGAUGGCGUCCGAGCCACCUCGCUGUGAACACGUCCUAGAGCUUCUGGAAUGGUUCGACACUCCAGAGUGUUACUUCCUAAUCCUGGAGCGACCCGUCCUCUGCAUGAACCUCUUCGAGUACCGCAGAGACGACGCCCUUCCUGAACGUCUGGCUCAGAUCAUCAUGCGGCAGGUGGUUCUCGCUGCACGUCACUGCCAGGAUCGCGGGGUUCUUCACCGAGACAUCAAGGAGGGGAACCUGCUGGUGUGUUUGGACAGAUUAGAAGUGAAGCUCAUUGAUUUUGGGUGUGGGGACUUGCUCAAGUCGAGCCCCUACAGGGGAUUUUCAGGCACCUUGUUAUACGCCCCACCUGAAUGGUUCAAGCGAGGUAAGUAUCAUGGCUGCCCUGCAACAGUCUGGAGUCUGGGGAUCUUACUGUUCGUUUUAGUGUGUGGAGAGAUGCCGUUCUGGAACGAGAGGGAGAUCACUGCUGGACACCUGAAGUUCAAACUUGGUGUGUCUAAGGCCUGCCGUCAUCUGAUCAGGAGCUGCCUGAGCAAGAAUCCAAAGAAGCGGCCCAGCCUCGAGAAGAUCCUGGAGCACCACUGGUUUCCAGAGAGCCUCAAGAACUAAGUCCAGGCACCUGUAGAAUUUUAGCAGCUGGAUCAUAGGCAUUCUGAUGGAAACCUGUUUACCCGCCGAGGUUAAGGAUUAAAGUCGAGACUGCCGUGACAACGAUGCUGCUCCUGCUGGAUGUGACGGGUCUGGAGUAAUUGCACCAAGAAUGACAAGAACUCACUACAGACUUUAUUGAAGACUAGAGCGAAUAACAACUCUAUUAUUAUUUAUUUAUUUAUCUAUUUAUUACCAGUUAUAACUUUUAGAUCAUUUAAUUCUGUGUUUGUAUGCUUUGUGUAAAUCGUGUAUUUAUUUAAAGUAUCCUCCAGACCACCCAAGAAGGAUGGGCCCUGCUGAGUCUGGUUCCUCUCAAGGUUUCUUCCUGUAAUUUUCAGGGAGUUUUUCCUUGCCACAGUCGCCCUCGGCUUGCUCAACAGGGGUUUUCGUAUCUGUUGGUCCUGGAUUUUGUAAAGUUGCUUUGAGACAAUGUCUAUUGUAAAAAGCGCUAUAUAAAUAAAGUUGACUUG